UUCGCAGCGAGCAUUCAACGGGCGCGUAUCCUUCAGCCGUAAACUGUUGAAUAUAGAAUGACGCUGCUGACAAAAAUCAAUGUGAAGCCCAAGGAAGCAACAGCAGCAACCGCAACAGCAGCAGUAACGCUAACAACAGCCAGGAUCCCCAGUCUGCGCCGCUCCCCCAGAAUAAGGAUAACGCUUUAAGGCUAAGCAUAAGCACAAAUCAAGUGAGAGCGAGAGAGAGAGAGCAAGCGAAGAGCAGAGAAGCGGAAGUGCCCCUUCAAGUGCAACAAUCGCCGAAUUCUCAGCAACUCAGCAACCUACAAGCCAUCAACCCGCUGUUAUCCUUUUGAUUCGUAACUGUUGAGGGCUGAGAUACAAAAGCGCAAUGAAGCCGUCGGAUUUGUUGUUGGUGCUGGAGAAGGUCAAGUUCAGGGUGCCUCUGCCACCAGGAGUCAGCUCGACGACGCUCCUGCCCAAGCUCAUCCGCACCAAGGACGUGAAGCAGCUGCAGGACGGCAACGCACAGCCACAGAAGCCCAAGCUAACGAAAUGUCUCAACACGCUGGACCUGACCUCGCUGGGCAUCGGAUCCUGCUGCGGCACGGGCAUGUACCUGGUGGCCGGCAUGGUGGCCCAGAAGAUAGCCGGACCCGGAGUGAUUAUUAGUUUUAUUAUAGCCGCCAUAGCGAGUAUUUUCUCAGGCGCCUGCUAUGCGGAGUUUGGCGUUCGUGUGCCACACACAUCCGGCUCGGCCUAUAUGUAUUCAUAUGUGGCGGUUGGAGAAUUCGUAGCUUUUAUAAUUGGUUGGAACAUGAUAUUGGAAUAUCUAAUAGGAACAAGUGCCUGUGCCUGUGCGUUAAGUUCUAGUUUCGAUUCCCUGACCGGCAAUGCCAUUGCGCGAACGAUAAGCGAGUCCAUCGGCACGAUAUUCGGCAAACCACCUGACUUUAUUGCCUUUGGCAUCACGCUGCUCAUGACCUGCGUCCUGGCGAUGGGUGCCAGCAAGUCGGUCAUCUUCAACCACUCACUCAACGCCGUCAACCUGGCCACGUGGGUCUUCGUUAUGGCCGCCGGGCUGUUCUACGUGGACACGAAGACGUGGUCCGAGCACCAGGGAUUCCUGCCCUACGGCUGGAGUGGUGUGUUUUCUGGUGCUGCAACCUGCUUCUACGCAUUUAUCGGCUUCGAUAUCAUCGCGACAACCGGCGAGGAGGCACACAAUCCGCAGAAGAGUAUACCGAAGGCGAUCGUUGGUUCCCUGGUCGUCGUGCUAAUCGCCUACGUUAGCGUUAGUCUAGUCCUAACUUUAGUGGUUCCCUACGACCACAUCAACACGGGAGCGGCGCUGGUCCAGAUGUGGUCGUACGUGAGUGCCCCAAAGUGCCGGGCGGUGGUGGCCGUUGGAGCCACCGCAGGACUCUCGGUGGCCAUGUUUGGCUCCAUGUUCCCCAUGCCACGUGUCAUUUAUGCGAUGGCCCAGGACGGCUUGAUCUUCAGGCAACUGUCGCAGCUGUGGCACCGCACCAAUGUGCCCGGAUUGGCGACUAUUGGCAGCGGACUAGCCGCCGCCCUGGUGGCGCUUACCGUGCGCCUGGAGAUUCUCGUCGAGAUGAUGUCCAUUGGGACGUUGCUGGCGUACACGCUGGUGUCCACCUGUGUCCUGGUGCUGCGCUAUCAGCCGCACAGCACAUCGCUGGUGGAGCUGCUCCCAGCCCAGCUGCGCACCCCGGUGGCGCCCGGGACCGCCAGCGAUUCCCGCUCCCACGUCACGCCCGCCGAGGUGCUCGAGGUGCCUGGCAAGCUGACCAUCAAGCGGGUCACGCGCGGCAUGUCCGACUCGGACGACUCCUUCAUCGAUGACAGCCCGGAGGGUUUCCUGGGCGGGCGCGACGACCAGUUCCUCGUUUCCGAUCGCUCCGAGAACAAGUUCUACGGCAGUGUUCAUGGCGCACCCACCGGGCCCACUGGCCAGGCGACCGCCUUCGAUGCCAUGGGCCUGAACUUCGUCACCCGGAAGAUCCACGAUUAUGCGUACCUGUGCCCCGGCUUUUUCCCCUGGAUCAAUCCCGGCCAGGCCACCGCCGAGAGUGGCAUGUACGUCACCAAGCUAGUGGGCAUCAUGUUCGGUCUCAUAUUCUUCCUGGACCUGUUCGCGGCCAUUGGCUGGUCCGGUGGCCUCGCCGCCUUCAUUUAUUUCAUUUUGUUUAUCGGCAUAUUUGUGAUAUUAUUGAUUAUAUCGAGGCAGCCGCAGAAUAGAUAUGCGCUCGCCUUCCUCACGCCCGGACUCCCGUUCAUCCCGGCCAUCGCCAUCACCGUGAACAUCUACCUGAUAUUCAAGUUGAGUAUCCUAACGCUGGUCCGCUUCACCGUGUGGAUGUCGCUGGGAUUCGUCAUGUACUUCUACUACGGCAUCACGCACAGCAGCCUCGAGCAGACCAGCGACGACCUGGAGUUGCACGUCGACUACAGCAAAAACGUCGAGGAGAAGGCCGUGUGGGAUCAGCAAUCGUACAACCAGACCCACGAACCCGUCUGGGCCAGCAAGGAGGUGAAGCAUCCGUCGAAGCAACGCUAUAACUACGGAAAGACCACGUCGUCUUCGUCGUCGGCCCAGGGCAGUGCGCCGGAGAAGCCAGGUGGCAGGAGCACUGCGGGCUCAAACCGACCUGUUCCACCACCUCCGAUCGCCGGCCAGGCGAAGGGAUCGGGAUCGGGCAGCGGUCCUCCGAUGGAACGCCAGUACACUGGCCAGUUCAGCAUGUUUGUGGACGAGGGCCAGUUCCCCACGUGGGAUGACUAAGCACAGAACCCCAGUUGCAGUCGCAGCCCCUGUCCCUGUCCCAGUUACCAUUCCAGUUCCAUUUCCCCAAAAUCUGAUACCCGCUAACUCCCGAGUGAUGCUCCAUCAACGAAAGACAACCCACUCAAAUCGGCUACGAUCUCAAAGGCAGUCAGUUCGCUGGAUCCGGACCAAUGUCUGGACUCGGCCAGCCGGAUGCAGCUCACUCACUUGUAAAUACGAUUAGAAAUGUUAAGUUUAACCAUAUGGCGAGGUAUGUUGUUUCCGGUAUGCAGAUGCAUACCGUAUACAAGGCAUGUGCACGAAGCCUGGACGGUGGAGUCAUUGUUCACAGCACUCCGCUGCACACACAGCGAGGUCACCGUUAUACACAUAUACCAUAUACAAUACAUAAUAUACACGCAUAUAUAUAUGAUAUAUAUAUAUAUAUAUAUUGAUUAUACAAGCAAAUAUAUAUUUACAUAUAUAGCGAUGGGUUAUUAGUUCAGCAAGAGUUAAAGUGCAAAGUUGCCGAAUUCAAAUUACCCAAACCUUGAUACCAAACCGACCGAUUAGCGAUAGACGAUAAGCAAAGCCACGGACAACAGAUUAAAGAUAACAGAUAAUAGAUAACUGAUAACCAAUAACCGAUAACCGAUAACCAAUGAACGAUUGUGCUCAACUCCGAUUGGCUGGCGUUUUGGGUGACGUUGGUCAAUCGGUUUUCAGCACAGGCAUCAGGAAGGCAGACACAAUACUACUUGGGCGUGUGUCUGAUCCAGUUCAGAUACAUCCCAUCCGGCAGUGAGGUGGUCGCGGCGUCGGGGUGCUACCAUGCACAACUGUACAUUUUAGGCACCAUCACCCCCACACUCGCAACCGCACUCACCCACACGCUCCAAUGCCAGAGACAAACUUGGAACCCUGGGCUUGUGGAAGGAUCGCCGAGCAGGUCAGAGGUUACCGUUCGUAACCCCAAAUGAUAUUGGGCCUCUGACCCAAGACGAUCUUUGCACAAUGUCGGGAUUUGCUCAGUCACACAGACGGAUAGACUCUAUCACGAGACACCUGACGAUCUUGAACCCUAACCUUAUGUACCUAUGAUUCGAUAUUGUUGUUUACAUAUUUAUGCUAUGCAUUUUAUACGGCGCCUGGGCGCGAGGUUUUACACUACAGUACGCUCUGCCUACGGCCGUCCCGUCUUACACACUCUUUCGGAAUGUUAUUUGUUUUUUAUUCUAAAGCUCGCGCUAAACUAAAACUCAUUUUUA